AUGAAGACUUUUAUUUUUGUAUUUAGUUUAUUUGCUAUUUUUCUUACAGCAAAUGCAGAUCCAUUUCAACUUAAUAGUUGUACCCCUGAUGUUAUGCCACUUAUUGUGGGUAUAACUGUUGCUCCUCCUGUUGCAAGCAAACCCGAAGUGUUAAUUUUAUCCGGAUCAUUAGACAAUGGCAAUAAAAUCACUGCAAACAAAACCAUUAUUCAAAUUGGUUUUUUUAACUUAUCAGGAAGCCCUAUAAGUAAUUACUACAAUCAAACAUUUAAUGGAACAUAUAAUGGUGCAACCGAGUUUGAUGUAAAUGUAAGAAAUGUUCCUAUUCCUGCUGUAUCUGAUUCAUAUACAAUUGGAGUUUUUGUUGGAGAUCCAGAAAAUCCUACUCCUUUUAUCUGUACAUAUGCUACUUUUAAUGAAGCUAAAAUGAUCAUCCGGAGCGUAACGGAGAAUAUUUAA